UCCUCCCCGCUUCAAAAGGAAGGAAAGGGCAAGCCCUGGCCCUCCGUGAGCGGGUGUGAGCACAGCCGAGGUGCUCAAGCCCUCGACCCUCUGAAAGCCUUCCGUGCUGGUUCUGCACAGAGGACGGACCAACUCAGCACAGCAGUGAGCGAUCCCUCCCCACGCAGCUGGGAUGGAGAGUCGGCAGCACAGCGCCACCGAAGAGCCUGAGAUCGAGCUGUUUGUGAAGGCUGGUCUGGAUGGAGAGAACAUCGGGAACUGCCCCUUCUGCCAGCGCCUCUUCAUGGUGCUGUGGCUGAAAGGGGUCAAGUUCAACGUCACCACAGUGGAUAUGACCAGGAAACCUGAGGAGUUGAAGGACUUAGCACCGGGCACCAACCCACCCUUCUUGCUCUUCAACAAGGAGCUGAAAACAGACUUCAUCAAGAUUGAGGAGUUCCUGGAGCAGACCCUGGGCCCACCCAUGUAUCCACGUCUUAGUCCCAAGUACAAGGAGUCCUUCGAUGUGGGGAGUGACAUCUUUGCCAAGUUCUCGGCGUAUGUCAAGAACCCACGCAAGGAAGCGAAUAUCAGCUUUGAGAAGGCCCUGCUGCGGGAGUUCCAGCGCCUGGAUGUUUACCUGAACACACCUCUCCCUGAUGAGAUCGACCAGGACAGUGUGGAAGAUGUCACCGUCUCCAAGAGGAGGUUUCUGGAUGGAGACCAUCUGACACUGGCUGACUGCAACCUCCUGCCCAAACUGCACAUCAUCAAGAUUGCAGCCAAAAAGUACCGCAACUUUGAGAUCCCGGCGGACAUGACAGGCGUGUGGCGCUACCUCAACAACGCGUAUGCCUGCGACGAGUUCAGCCACACGUGUCCUGCGGAUGAGGAGAUAGAGCACACCUAUGCCAGCGUGGCCAGCAAGAUGACCUAACCCGCAGGGGACACCCGCGUCCCUCCUCCAGGCAGGGACUGGAUGGGGCUUACAGCACUGCUGCCCCCUGCCCUUCCGAAUAGUGCCUUGCUUCACACCGCUCCUCCUCCCACUGCUCCGGCAAGGACCCAUCCCUGCGUGGCCACAGUGCAACCGCAUCCCUGCUCCCCAACAGCUGGCCUCGUGGCUUGUGUCCACAUGUCAUGGGCAAAGUGGAGCGCUCGCCUGCUGCCGCAGCACUGUGUGGAAGAGCAGCUGAGAAUCCCCCCCCCCCCCAUGGCUCGGCCAGCUCUGCAUCCCUAUCCACUGCUGGAGCUGCUUUGCCAGUCCUGCGCAGUCCCAGCCACGCCAUAUGCUCAGGAAGAGGUGUCCCAGGAUCCCAGCACACCUUCUGGGCUGGAGUUGUUGGAGCUCACCUGGUCACCCUUCUGCACAGCACCCUACAGCCUGUGUUUGGGCAAACCCCCUCUUCUACCACAGCAUCCAGGCUCCAUCUGAAGAACCAAAAGGCUCCAUCCCCAGUAGUUCGUUGCAGUGACACAUUGUUCUCACUGCUCAUGGGGUUGUAACAUGCAUCCUACUGCCUGUUAGGACAUGAGAGCAGGUGGGUGGCAUUUGGUGUGAGAGUGCCAGGACCUGUUGCGGGAGGGAAGGGGAGUGCAGAGGCAUGUAAAGGGCUGAGGAUCAGGGCAUUCCUUCCCUGUGUGACAGAACCCAGAGCCAUGUGCUGCUUGCUGCAAGGUCCCAUGUGGCUCCUGCAAGCUAAGAAACCUCUCCCUGUCUUGCAAGAUGCUGCAGAAGAUAGAGCCAUGUGCUGAUCUAAGUCCACCUCAGUCCUCACCAGCAUGUCAGGUGCUGACUGGCAGAUGGAGGAACACGGGGUACGGCAUCCAUCUGGUUUCCAUGUCCUGCUAGCAGACAGACCAAGAGGCAAAAGUUGCUGUACAGAGCGCUGUGUCUGUUGGAGACAUGGGGGCAGGUUUGGUGCUCCCUGGCACAGCACUGUGCCUUCCUGUCCAUUGAUACAAGAGGAAUCAAAGCUGCUCUGCACAGCCAUGAUACCCCAUCCUGUACCUUCAGCUCCCCAAGGGCUCCAGUGAGCUCAGUCAGAACCCCCUCCCACCCCCAGCCAGCCCGUGGGCAAAACAAUACUGUACAGUGAGCAUGGGGGGUCCUGUGGGGCCGCAGCAGAACCCCUCUGGCCCUCACUGCCACUUCCCUCUUUGCACUAAAAGGUGUGUCCUUGCAAGCCUGCCUCCCAUAGCACUGGGUUUGGGGACUGGUUUUGUUGUUAAUGGGGUUUGGUUUGUUUGGGUUUUGUAAUCUAAAAACAGCAAUAAACUUUUAUUUUAAUACGC